AUGGCUCUGGCAGCGUCAAUGACUGUGGAGUCCAACUCUGCCGCUGCCUCGUCGACGGCGACCCCCAGUGAGGACAUGGCCUUGCUGCGGGAUCGUCGACGUCGGCACUCAUUCCACGCCUCCCGGAAAUUGUCCUGUGACUACCAGGAUGCCGAUACCGUCUUUAUUCGGGUUGAACUCUUCCUGGCCGAAUUGGAACGCCGAAUGCACUGGAUCGAACAGUACCGCAAAUCUCAUAUGGUCCAAAUUGACACCAGUCUGCGACGAGGGUAUGCCACGCUAGAAGCCGUGAGAGACCAAUGCUCUAUGGCCUCGGGGGAAUUGAUGGGAAGCGGAAAGAAACGCGCCAAGAUUUUCGUGGAAACGCUCGAGGACCGCUACAUUGAGGCUUUGGCCACCAAAGAGACCCUCGAACAGAAGGCCCAGGCUGGAGUGCGCCUGAUGGAGUCUUUCCUGUCGGAAAUGGAGUCUCGAGCGCACGCCGUCCGCGACCGCGGAAUCUACGGGACCUUGGACGAUGGCUGGAAGGCUAUGGACUCGAAACUUGUCCACGCCCGGGAAGUGGUGGAUGAGGGUAUGGAACGAGCUCGUCGUGCUCGUGAUGCCAUGCGAGAAAGCAUUGAUCAGGCCGUUCGACUGGCCCAGGAAAACCGACUAAUUUCCUACUCCGAUCUGCCCGAUCCGUGGCGAGUGAACCCGCACAUCCUCCGAGGCUAUCGAUUCACGUCAUCCAAGAUCGAAUGCGUUUGGUCGGCAUUUUCCUUCUCGAAUGAACUGGUCAACAUUUGGUCCCACUUCAUCGGACUGGUAAUCGUCCUAUCGAUCGCCUUUUAUUUCUAUCCGCUCAACCCCAAUUUCCAUCUGAGCACCAAGACCGACGUGCUGAUUGCCGCCGUCUUCUUUUUCUCUGCCUGCAAGUGCCUGUUCUGUAGCACCCUCUGGCACACCAUGAACAGCAUUUCCUCCCAGCCCCUGAUGGAGCGCUUCGCCUGCGUGGACUACACCGGCAUUUCUUUGCUGGUUGCCGCUUCCAUCGUCACCAUCGAGUACACCGCAUUCUACUGCGAGCCCUACUCGCGCUGGACCUACAUCGUGCUCACAAUGUCCUUGGGCGUCGGCGGUAUCAUCCUGCCAUGGCACCCGACCUUCAACCGCCACGACAUGGCCUGGGCUCGUGUGGUCUUCUACGUAUCUCUGGCCCUGACCGGUUUCGCGCCUCUCGCACAACUCUCCACCACCCGCGGCCUUGAGUGGUGCAUGUACUUCUACGCUCCGGUGGUAAAGAGCCUCCUUGUCUACUUUGUCGGCGCCUGCGUCUAUGCUUCUAAGGUACCCGAGCGAUGGAAGCCUGGUCUGUUCGACUACUUCGGCGGAAGCCACAAUAUCUGGCAUAUGGCCGUGCUGGGUGGGAUUCUGUUCCACUAUUGCGCUAUGCAGGAUUUAUUCGCGGGCGCUUUCCAGCGUGCCCAAGGCGAAUGCCCUAACCUGACGGCAUGA